GCGCGGCCGCCAGGCGACGCGAGCACCCGGAGCGCGCCGGUGGGGGAGCGGGGCCCGUCGCCCCGAGUCCCCUCCCUCGGCGGCCGCCCCCGCGGGCCAUGGCCGGGCCUGCCCUGCGCAUCGGCGACCAGCUCAUCCUGGAGGAGGACUACGACGAGACGUACAUCCCCAGCGAGCAAGAGAUCCAGGAGUUCGCGCGCGUGCUGGGGAUCGACCCCGAGAACGAGCCGGAGCUGAUGUGGCUGGCCCGGGAGGGCAUCGUGGCCCCGCUGCCUGCCGAGUGGAAGCCGUGCCAAGACAUCACUGGCGAUAUCUAUUAUUUCAACUUUGCCAACGGCCAGUCGACCUGGGAUCAUCCAUGUGAUGAGCGCUACCGCCAACUUGUGAUCCAGGAAAGGGAAAAAAUUCUGGAACAUGGAGACCUUAGAAAGAAAGAAAAAAAGAAAAAAAGAGCAGAAAAGAAGAAAGACAAGAAAGAAAGAGACCUGUUGAAAUAUCCUGCAGAGGUGCAGUCAGAGCCAGGGAUUCUUCCGUCAACAUCCUUUUAUCGAGUGUCAUCUCCUAUCCUGUCUUCAGAGCAUGCUAGUCCUGACCUAGAGCAACAGGGCAGCCUGGUGACACAGAAUGACUCCUUCCUGAAAAACCACAAGGGGAAGGUUUCAGAUACAGGUGAUCUGUCCAGGCUGCUACCAAACCCUGCUCCAGGGAAACUACAGCCUCUUCUGCCAGCAAAGCCAACCCGGACUCACCAAAUCCUUGCAGAUGUGGAGAAAAUUCUUGGAAGAGCUGCAUCUUCCAGCAGGUCAGAUAUUAAUCAUCAAACAUACCAAGAUGUGACUACAGAAAUCAGAUGUGCAGCUGCUACUGGUGUUUUUUCAGACCUGGAAGCUGAGGACUUAGACAGCAUCCACCUUGUAAAGCCUCUUUUCCAAACAUUGAAGAAACCCUCCCAAACUAUAGCAGGUGCUACAACUGUGUUAGACCUGGAGGGAGUCAAGGAGAAAAGACAGUUCUUAGAGGGAGAAAAGCAAAGUGAGGACCAUGGGGAAGAUCAUGCGGAAGGAGAUGGGCUCCAAUCCCUGGUCAGGAAGGAAGAUUUGUUGCAAAUGGUUGAAAAGGAAAUGCAGUUUCAUCCUCCUGCCACUGCUUUCACAUUAAUCCGCCAGAUGUCCAGGACUUUGGAGGGACAAGGUGACAUUCAUUAUUUUCAGAAUGAAGUCUUAAGGCCUCUGGAGCGAAUAAAGGAGAGCAGAAGGAAGAAGAAGAAACUUUCAGAGCAAUGCCAGGCCACAGAGCCCAGUACAUGGCAGAUCAAGGCUCCUGUUCCUCAUUCUCAGCUGCAGGCAUUUGUUGAGCUUGGAGCCAAGACAGGAACUUGUGGGAGCGAUGGGCUUUCAUUAGCAGCAGUGUCAUCUCCUACACCAGGCCAACUUGUAGAGGAAAAAAAGCGUACUCAAAGGACAGAUUCUGACAGUGGCAAUAGCAUCAGUGUGGCUAGCAGUCUAUCUGACCACCUUGCCUCUCAGGUCUUGGGUGAAGUGGACAAUUUCUCCUGGGACUUACAGAGCUCUUGUGACACUGAACAUCCCACAAAGCCCCUGCCAUCUCCCCAAAGACCAUUUUUGGAAGCUAGAAAUACCCAAGCACAAAGCUCUCCAGACAAUCAGUCAGCUAGUGAGUGCUAUUCGGAGGAUCAGAAGUUCUAUCAACACGUACUCCAUAUGGUGAAGAAGUCUCGGAGAGCGGAAUCGAGUGCACCCGAGCCUCUCAGGAGUCAGAAAGGCAGCAGCAAAUGGCCCGGUGCUGAUCAGGCAGUUGAGCCUGUUGCUGGAGAAACGACUAUAGAAACGGCAGCAGCAAAGCUCAAACAAGAAGCAGCGGCUCCUGAAGUGGAGAGGUUGAAACCCAGUGAGGGUCAGGCAUGCACCCUUCAAGACAACCAGUCAGGAGGACAGCUGGUCUGCAACGUAGCCCUGACAGAGGAAGCCUGCGGGCCUGGGCUUUCACCAGAAGGAAAUGGAAUUAAAGAGCCCAGCAGCUACAGAAAAAAUCUUUUGAAAUCCAAAAACGAGGAGGAAAAAGAAGAGGCUUGUUUGCAUCAUCUGGUGUCUGGUGUGGCAGAGAAGAAAGAAGUCAGUGAGAGUUCUAUGCUAGAAAAUGUCCUGGAUGUAGCCGAGCUAUCUCCAGUCCUGAACAGUCCAAAAUUUGGGGUGAACAGAGCCACUGCUGAGAGCAUUUGGAAAGAGGAAGACAAAAGCUGGUUGGUGCAGGGGAAAAAUCAGAACGAAGACAGCUUGGGAGAGGAGCAAAACAGAGGCUCUGCUGUGGCAACCGAGAGCAGGCAGUUUGAGACUGAAAUUAAGCCAAUAAAGCCCUGGAAGAUCCAUACUGGGGGGUCGCUGAAGGAAAUAACCAAAGUGGAAGAAGCAAACAUGUAUUUGCUGCAAGAAAAACAGACACAUAUUCAGAAUUUGCAGGAAGAACUGCAACAAGAAAAGGAAGAGGAGAUCCUGAUAUUAUAUCAGCAGAAAGAGUCUGCCCUUUGGUCACUGAGAACUGAGUUGGAGAGAACUAGGCAGGAGGAGGACAUUCGCUUGAGGGAUGAGGUCCAGGUGGAACUUCAAAAAUUCCAAACUGAGAUGCUUUCUGAGAUGGAUGCGGAGAAGGAGAAGAUCAGGCUGGCACAGGAAGCUGCACUGAACCAGCUGAAAGAAGACCUAGAAUCCUUUCAGCAAGCCAAGAGAGAAAAGCUUAAAGAACAGAAGUUGCUUUCUCUAGAAAGAAUAAAAAAAGAAGCUGAAGCUGUUGUGCAGGCUGAACAGAUGGAGCUGGAGCAGAAGAACCAGAGGGCCCUGAAUGAAUUGAAGGAGAAGCUGUGUAGAGAAAAGGAAUUGGCCAUGCAGGAACUACAGGUACAGUUCGCAGCAGAGAUCCAGCAACAGAAAACUGCAGCAAAAGAAGAACACCAGAAGGUAAUUCUAACCCUCCAGAUGGAAAUAAUGGAGGCUCAGAGAAGAGAGGAAGCAGAAUUUCAGAAGGAACUUGAGAGUGUGGAGCAAAAGGUUCAGCAGAAGAGACAUCAAGUAGCAGAGUAUGAGCGAGAGCUCACUGACCUCCUGAAGGAGAAGCGUCAAGAGGUUGAGCGAGAGCAUGUGAGAGAAUUGGAAAAAAUGCAGAAGAUACACCAGGAGGCACUAGCUAGGAUUCAGGCACAACAUGAGGACAAGGAGAGGAAACAGAAGGCUGAGUUGCUUGCAGCAUUGCAAAAUGAGCUGGAGCACAUGAGGCUGCUCCACAAGGCAGAGCUAGAGGCUUUCCUGAAGAAACAUGUGGAACAGCUGGAGGACCUGCAUCAGAGACAUCAGGAGCAGGAGAAAAGGGCCCAGGAUGCGGAACAGGAACUGGAGCUCCGAGCUAAAGAUGCCCAGACGAGAGCAGCUCAGCUCUGUGCCCAGGAGGAGGCCUGGAAGAAGAAAAGGCAGCAGGUCCUGGAAGAAGAGAAGCAGCUGGAAGAAGAAAGAAAAGAAGCAGCUUUGGCAGCUCAUUCCCACCGUGAGGAGUCCCAAAAAGCACAGGAAAACCUUGAAGACACUUUACAGCAGCUGCGCAGAACUCUGGCAGAACUCCAGGACCAGAAAAAAAAGUUGGAGUCUCAGGUGGAAUUGCUACUGUUACAGAGCCAGCAGUUGGAGAGGCAUACCAGUGAGCUGGAGGAGACCAUCAGGACCAAGCAAGAGCUGCUAAAGAAACUGGAUAAAGAAUGCAGUGAAGCAGCUUCUCCAAGGAAAAAGGAAGAAGCACUCCGAGUUGAAGACCUGCAAGGGGACUAUCCAGAGCCUUCCUCCAGAGAAAUGACAUCUGACACACCCAAAAGCAAUGAAGACAGCAGCCUUCUCCUGAAUCAAGUACGACACUACAUUUCUGCCGAGGGAGCUUCGCUGAAGACAGCCAAGGAGUUCUUGGUGUGCCAGACUCGUUCCAUGAGGAAAAGGCAAACUGCCUUGAGAGCAGCAAAGCAGCACUGGUAUCAUGAUCUACAGGGAACACAAACUGUACAAGAUUCAGGCCGUUCUCAGGUGUUAGAGGGAGUGUGCAGAAACCUGGAAGAGGAAGGGAGGCAGCUAGAUGAAAUGAAAUCUGCCAUGCAGAAAGGGCAGGAACUGCUGAAGAAGAAAGAACAGAGGCUCAGCCAGCUGGAAUCCUCUCUUCUGGAAGAGUUUUCUGAUGAAGAUACAAUCAAGGGAGUGGCCUGCAAGAAAAUGGUGACUUUUGACCUCAGUGACUCAGAAGACACAAGUAGCCUCAUGAGUGCUGAUCAGUCUCCCCACAAGAUAGCUGACCUGAAACCAGACGUCCAGUUUUCUCCCUUCGACAAGAUCCAGUGCUUGACCGAUUCACUGCAGCAUAUCACCAGUGACCUGAACUGCGUCCUUCGUCUCCUGAGUACCUUCAGCAGCCAGCAGUCUCUCUUCACUUCCACCCAAGGCCAGUCGCUGGCUCCGUCAGCCAGAGAUGGGAUUCCUCUGACUGCUUAUACCUCCCUGGCACGUGCCUAUUCAGCCGCACCGUUUGUACCUUCUACUGGACCUCAGUCAGCCUGGUGUAGUAGCUCAGGUCCCAGUCCUGCCGCUGUGAGUGGACAGUCUGUGGACAGUCUGUUAAUGGAGAAGUGGCGCAAGUAUUUCCCAGGGAAGUUCCCGUUGCCCUGUGGUGGGCUUGGUGCUCAAGAUGACAAGCUGGACUCCUUAACAACUGGCAAGCAAGUCUGCCUGUUCCAGCACCCUCAUUUUCAGGGCUCCAAGACUGAGAAGCCCAACAUCCAGAGCAUGAUUGACGCCAAUAAGAAAUGGCUGGAGAGCUUCAAGCACAACUCCAAAGGCCCUCUCUUGCCAAGUACAUCGCAUUCCUCCAGCAGUGGCUCUGGUUUGGUGCAGCUUGGGCUGGAUGAGAACAAUCAAAUCAAGGUCUACCACUUCUAGAUGGACAGGAAAUCUGCUUGUCAGGGAAAAGCCAAGCCACCUGCCUAACGCCAAUAUAUGACAUUAUCCCUAUACCCAACAGCCUCCACAUGUUUUCUUGGGCUGCAGUCAGAGAUUGAUUCUUAGCUAGAUUUCUCUUGGGAAAUUAAUUCAAGCCUUUUUGAAGAUUUCCAUCUCAGAAAAACAUCACAAAUGUGAAAGAGAAGUGUGUGCUGAGUGGAGAGAGCUGGCUGGUGGGUUGCUUUUCCAUACCUAAGGAGCCAGAGAAGCAAAUGCCCAUCUGAAACACAUGCAUCUGAAGGCCUGACAGCUUGAGGCUCUCCCAGUCCUGAAAAUAGCUUCUCAUAUCUCUUGCUCAGCUUCCUCUUUCGAGGCCGUUGUCACCUUCUGCACCACAGAAUCCCCAGUUCAGGUGUUGACUGCUGAUGGGGUGGCAGGGUGAUUGUGUCUUCUCCAGCAGCAGCUAGGAAUAUGAAGUACAAAAUCAGUCAUCUUUGCAGAGGCUGAAACAGGUCAUGAGCAUAUCCAGUUCCACUGCUGGUUUCUGGAUUCUGGAGGUUAAUUUCUGGUCCUGGUUUCUGUCCUUUUCCUAAAGGCUGGUGUACCUGACCUAUUGGUGUGCUGUCUGAAGUACUGGCACUGUAUCCAUGGCACUCAUUAGGCGUAUUCAUCAGUGUUCUCAGCAGCACCAGAAGCUAAAAGGAGAUACUGGGUAAAUAAGAAUGGGCAAUGGCCAAAUGUGCUCUUCCUUACAAACUUUUGGUAUAUCCUUUGAUGAAGGUGCCAGAAGAAAGCUAAAUUCCAACCUCCGCCCCCCCCCCCAUUUCAACUGGACUGCUGACCUCUGAAACUGAGCUGGUUUUUCAAGCAAUGAUCACCAUGUGUCUAAUCAAGCAACAGAAGAGCAACACCCCCCAGAUGCUGGUACUACAAGAGGCCUUGGGCCUCUCCAUUGUGGGACUGGUGCUUCUCUGGGCAGAUCUCUCCCUAUGAGUGGUCUGGAGCAGCUUUUCUCCUGUCCUUGCUCAUAGCACAAUUUAGUUCAUACCAAGACUGGAAGGACUUGUUUUAUGGGUCUUUAUCGAAACAUAUAUUAUGGCAGAGGAUUGGUGAUGUGCAUCCUUCAACUAUUAACUGUAUUUUUUAAUUCUGAUUAAAUGUACUCUUUUCUACA